GCUUAAAUAACCUUUCGCUUCCGAGAAGGAAAGAAAAUAAAUCUAGAGAACCUUUCUAAAUCCUUAAAAGGUCAGUCAUAAAUUUGGAAGGAUAUUUAUGUGACAACUCUGAUUUCAGCCCAGAACCGGUUAGUCAGCACAUUCACAAACAUUAGUUUGGACUGUUGAAAUGGCGACGGUGAUGCUUCCUGAUAAAAAAAAAUACCCAUUGAAUAACCGUACAUGAAUUUGUUCCUUUUGCGUCAGAGCUCUCGCAAUCAGUGUGCUCGACUAACCGGAACCAGAAAAGAAUAUAAGAGCCUUUGAUGGAUCAGUAUUUUACAACCAUCUAAAUUGCAAACUCUUGUAGAGUGAUUGGUGUGGUUGGAAAAAAAUAGCCACAGUACUCCUACGCUACCCUCGCUUUCCGCGAACACGACGAGAAAAACUCCACUGGAACGCACCAAUUCCGGUAGCACCAUUGUUUGUGUUAUUACGUGAUUCUGUGCCAACUUCGGGGUGGGGUCGGCUUCUUGUUCGCUAUUUGUAUAAAGAGAAACAUCCUUCGGAGAGAAAACUCGGAAUGCUCGGCAUGCCGACCACUCGACGACGGCUGUCACUAAAAUCAGCAGAUUCGUGUGUCCGGCGGUAAACAGCGGUAUAAAAGCUGGAUAACAGAGUGAGACGACUUAAUCGUUACACGCACCGGUAAGGUCAACAGCAGCUGAAUUCCUCAAUUCAAAGAAGUCACAAAGCAGGUAGCCCUGACAUCCCGUACAAAAUUAUCAUCAACAUGGCGUGGGAACAACUUCGGUCUUGGAUUAUUUAUGUUUUAUGCCUGUCAUCAUGUCUUGCAAUGCCCACGAGAAAACCGUCUUCGCAUUCUGCAGACACCCAAGCUCUAGAGAACAGUGGAAUUAACCCGCUGGAUGUGAUGAAUAACAACGUUGUUACAAUCCACAAGUACAAAAGGUUGUACUCCAAGAACAGCGCCAAGUUUGUGCGAAUCCACAACGGUAAAGUGGACGGCUUCGGUGACAAACACGAAUUAAGUGUUAAGAUCAAGCUGGAAUCAGUUGGAUCUGGGGGUCAAAUUAUAUUGAAGUCAUACGAUGGAAGUCUCUGCUUAUGUCUCGACAAGCAUGGGUCAGUCGUUGCAAAAUUGUCGACGCAAGGCAAGACAAACCAAGGUUGCGUGUUUUUCCAAGAUCUUUCAUCCAAGGGAUACACGAGAUUUCGCUCAAAGCUUAACGCCCAAUGGUACCUGGCGAUAACAAGAGAUGGCAGAACAAAAUCGGCGAGAAAAACACACCCAUAUCAGAGAUCUGUCCAAUUUAUAGAAAUGAACUGACACGAUUAUUCUCUAGGUUAUAUCUAUAUCAAAUUCAUGAGAUUAUUUAAAUUAUUUAUUCAAGAAUUUAUAUUUAUUGUUUACAAAAAGGACAUAAUAUUGUCAAGACUACAUAUAGUCAAUAUUACAUUGCUACGAUCCGAAUGAUCGUUAUACUAGUUUCAUGCGGUGUCACGUGUCAUAACGAUUUUUUCAUCGCCGCGACUUGAGUCUCAGAGAACCUGCAAGGCCAGGGGCCAAUAAAGAGAGCCAGAGAAAAUUAGGUAUAAUAUAAAAUAUCUACUUAGCUAUCUGAUUGAAAUUUACAAUAUAAUUUAUUUUAGUAUGUUGAAUUAUACAGCGUAUUCGAUAUUCGAAAAAUGAAGUUACUUUGAUCGAAAGAGAAACUACCAGAUAUUGUUCCAGACUAUUUACUAAACAAGUUAAUCACUUUUUUCUCAAAGAUGUAAAAGAUAAGGAACAAGUUAUUAACUCUCCAAAGAAGUUGUAGCCUUUGCCUUUUCAUGUGCAUCAUUUAUUUAUGAAGAAUAUGUUCGUCUGUACAACUCGUUAUUCAAAUCGUUAGUUAUAUUUAUUAGAUAAUUUUUUGUCCUUGUAAUAUUUAUAUUAUUUAUAUACUUAUUUUUUAAAUUAACUUCCAUGGCCAAAGGCCUCUAAAUUAUAGUUAUUUAUUAUUUAUUUAUGAAAAGAAUGAAAAAGAUCAUAUUUAUUGAUUUCCGAAGAGUG